AUGCUGUAUUCUCUGCAGAGACCUGCACAGAUGUCGGUCGCUCGAUCGAUUGUCCAUCAAAGUCUUUCGAUCAAGGAACUUCAACGAAUAUUAAUUGAAGCUGAAAAGUUAUCCUGUCUACCUGAUGUGACAGAACCAAAGAAAAUUUAUCGUUUACUGUUGAACGAGGAGACAAAACGUGAUAGUACUAAUGUUAAAAAGAAUAAACGUCCUAAACCAUCGGUGUUAGCAUCGAUCGCUAAUAUGGUGAAACAUGACGUGCCUGCAGUUGUAUACAAACAGUUAGUCAGUAAAGUUGAUCCUGGUACGUUGAUUACUGAAAAUCAAGUGAGAUAUCAGAGACGAAAGGAACGGGAGACACAUCUUGUGUCGAAUGAUGAACUCGGUAGCAUAUUCGACAUGGCUAAGGAACUGGAUUGCUAUAUUCAACGUAUAGUCACUCAUCCAGUUUUGUCUGUCGUCAUGAUUAUGAAUGAUGGUUUAAAAGAUUUUGAUAGCUACGUAUCUUGUGUAUCCUAUCGUCAUCCUAUUUUUAAAGAACAACCAGCUAUCUUAUUAGGCACUCUGUUGCAUGAUACGAAACAAGAAGCGUGCCAUGAUGAAUUCGUGAUGAUAUUAAAGAAAUUAUGUCCACAGUUGCAAGACAAAUGGUGA